AUGUAUGAGUUGUUUAACGGCCACCAAGGCCGGUUUGAAGAUGCUGUCAGUAUGUCCAAACCAGUGUUCUUGAUGUUAUGCGACACUCUUCAUAGUUUUGGAUUGACACUGCCACAGCGGGAGCAUGGCGUGCCGCUAGAAGAGAAGGUAGCCAUUUUCAUUUGUGUAUUGCAGGGAAUGAAGAUGAAAGAUUUGCAAGAACGGUUCCAACACUCGAAGGAGACAUUGUCACAGCAUUUCCAUAAGGUUUUGAAAGUUAUGAUACCAUUCACAGCGGUUCAUAGUAGGAGUUUUACACCUGAGCAUGACUGCAUCGGUGCACUAGACGGCACGCACGUGAUGGCUCGUGUCUCGGAAGAGUACGCCACUUCGUAUUACGGCCGGAAAGGCGUCCCAACACAGAACAUGCUGGCCGUAUGUGACUUCGAUUUGUGCUUCACAUUUGUGUCAGCCGGUUGGGACGGGAGCAUGCACGACAGUAGGGUGUUGCACUACGUGACAACCGAACCUAAACAUCGCUUCCCGCACCCCGCACCUGGAAAAUACUAUUUGGUGGAUAGCGGCUACAGCAACAAGACAGGGUACCUAGCCCCAUACAAGGGGUAUAGGUAUCACCAAAAUGCCCAUCGAAAUCGAAGACCACAAAAUGAGUUCGAACUAUUCAAUAAGGCACAUUCGUCAUUACGUAGUUGUAUCGAGCGGACAUUCGGUGCGUGGAAGUCGAGGUGGGGGGCAUUGCGGAAUAUUCAGAAGUUGAGUUUCUCUAAUCAAGUGAUCUUCGUAUGUGCGUCGAUGGCGUUACAUAAUUUCAUACACCGAAACAGUGAAAUUGAUGAGGUCACAGUUCCUAUCGCAAAUAGCACCGAAUACGUGGCUCCUGAAAUGCCUGACCACGAUAAAUAUGCACGGGUGGCCGAUGUGAUUGAGGAAGGGGACUCCGACCCCGCAAUGACAGUUAGUUUGAUGAACUAUAGGAAAGCUUGUGCAUACACAAUGAAGAUAGAAUGGAUGAAGAUGAAACAGUGGUUUGAAAAUUGUUGCAACACCAUGGCAAUGUUUCAGAGAAACAAAUGGAAUAACAUCAAGGGUUGGGCCAAGGCCCUGUUAAGUAUCAUUAUGUGGUUCUCAAAGAAUACUUGGACCAGAAUGAAGGAAAUCUUUAUAAUUGAUCGAAUGGUUGCCAUUUUAGCACUUGGGAUGGAGGUUGCUUCUACACAUGGCAAUCAAACUCAUAAUGUUAUUGACGAGAAAGUUAAUGGAGAGAACCGUGAUCAACUACACAUCAAUGCAUGA